AUGCGAUUUCGGUUUUGUGGCGGUGAAGAUUGUGCCGAUUGGAUAUUGGCAGAAAUAUUUACAUUAUCGAAAUUGAGUUCAGUUAAAUUAAGAUUAUUAUGUCAAUAUGUAAUGCAAGCAAUAUUAGCAGAUACUUUAAAUUUAAGUGAAGCACAAAAAAUAGUCGGUGAUAAAUUCGAAAGCGGUGAUUUAAAAGCAUCAAUUCGCGCAUUGCAAUAUAUUCUGACGAUGUCAGCAAAACAUUCCGUUGAUGGACAAUCACUAUUAAAUGAGCUUACGCAACUUGGUCUUCCAAAAGAACAUGCAAAUGCGUUAGUGAAAAUAUAUGAUGAACAUUUUGAAAAACUAACCGAUAAAUUACGUUCGUCUGUUAUGCGAUUAACGAAAAUGAAUGAUAUCCAUUGGAAUAUAUUCGAUGUAAAAACAACUAACAAUUUACACGAUAUGCAUUUACCUGUAGUCACAAUGAAUUUAAAUUACGAUGAUAAUAUAGAAAAUCAAGCGAAAUCAAUUUCAUUUUCAUUGAAUCCAGAACAAUUUGCGGUUUUGUUGGCUGAUUUACAAGCAGCAAGAGAUUUAAUAAAAAAUUACUCGAAGUCUUGA